CCCAGGGGCUCCAUGGGGAUUUGUCGCAGCCAUGGCCGUUUUCAAUUCUGCAGCCUGGUCCUCCUGGAAUUCUUCUCCGGCUUCGCAUGGGCGGUGCAACGGCCGCAGGGCUUCUUCGUAGUCCUACUGGAGCAGCAUGGCUUCUCUGGCACCUCCCUGGGAGUCCUUUCCGCCCUCUGCCUGUUGACCCCCACGCUGACGGGCCCCGGCGUGGGGUGGCUGGCGGACCAUUUGGCGCCGGCACGGCGGCAUCGGCUCUUCGCGGCAGUGGCGGUGCUGAAAUCAACGCUGCAGAUGGCAGCGUGGCCAGCUUUGGGUUUUGCUCCGAAUGCUGGCAGCUACUGGUGGAUUUUCACUUUCAUGUGCUUGCAGGCGGCUUGCUCCACCGGUGGCAUGCUAACAGAGAUCACUCUGCGCUUUGUUGGGAAGGAAGCCUAUGGCAAGGUUCGCUUGUGGGGAGGCAUCGGCUUUGCCUUCGGCUCGUUCUUCACGGGGCUUUUGGCUCAUGCCCUCGGUAGCUAUGGUGUCAUUUUUGCUGAGAGUAUGUUCAUUGGCGUGGCCUUGGCAUGCACUGUCUUUUGCUUGGCUCACGCUUCCCACAACGAGCAGUUGCUCACCGCGUCCUCGGCCGGCAUCGAUUUGACCGUCGAAGCGCCGUCAUCGGCGCCGCCGUCAUCGAACGACCUGCCCAAUGGCAGUGCAGGGGAGACAACGAGACCAUCAUCAAGGGAGCUGCGAAGAUUUCUCCUGACCCCUCGGGUGAUGAUCAUUUUGGUGACGGUCAUUGCCAUGGGAUUCUGCGAGGGCAUCAUGCAGACCUACACCUAUGUCCGCUUGCGCCAUUUGCCUCAUGGUACUUCCACGGUGAUGGGAUUGAGUGCUGUGUGCAUGAUCAUCUCAGAAGUGCCUUUCUUCUACUAUGCGGAGCCCAUCGUCAAGCGAUUCGGCAUCCUGCCCAUCUUGAGCUUUGCGCUGUUCUGCGCAGCAUUGCGACAGGCUUGGAUUUCCGCAAUUUGGGAUGCUGCAUGGGUACUGCCAGGCGAGUUGCUCCAUGGCAUCACCUUUUCCAUUGCCAAUGCGGCGGUAACUCUGAGCGUCCAUGACAUGGUUCCACCACAGCUUGAGGCAACCAUGCAAUCUAUCAUUGGGAGUUGCUGGGUGGGCGUCGGCCAGGGCUCGGCCUCCUGGUUGGGUGGACUCGUGUUGCACCGCUACGGCGAUCAGCGACUCUUCCAGUGCUCGGCUCUUCUGGCGCUGCUGGCCGCGCUGGGGCCCUUCAGUGUGGCCAUUUGUGACAAGAGACCAAGGGGCUGA